AUGCAAAUAUACCCGAUAAGUGGCGAUGAUUCUCCUAUUAACGAGGUUACAUCUGGAAGUGGCCAUAAAAGCGGAUCAAACUAGGUGAAGAGACUUCAUAUAGCUAAGACUUCUCGAUAUUUGUAUUAGAUAAAUGUAAAGAUUAGAUUGCCACUUUAUAAUCCACCUUCAGUUGAAUCGAGAAUUACAUUGUCAAGAACGGACUCUCAUUUGAAGUUAAGUUUUGUUAGUCAUUCGUAGCAAAUGAGGAGAAAUGCAAAAUGUGAAUUUCGUCAAAUAAGUAGAAAAUUGAUCCAUGCAAUGAAUUUUGUGAAGGAACUUCGGUAAUAUGCUGAACAAUUGAAGUCAUAACACAUGGAAUACAAAUAUCGGCAUCGCAACUUUUUCCCUUUGUACCCAGAUGAUAAGAUGUACAUCAUAUGGAUAGUGUUAAUGAAGGGGUUGCAUUGCGUGGCCUCAAUAAUCCUGCCAUUUUAGUUGGCAUUCCAAGGAGUCGGAACAAUAGUGACUCAAAUACUGUCUGCUAUAUUUGCAAUAGAUAUCCUCUUUAAUUGCAUAAGUUGUCACAUUGAUGAGCAUAACAUUCUGUUGCAUACUUUUGAUGCCAUAAUUCCCUAUUAUCUAAAAAGAUGGUUUUUAAUUGACUUAAUAUCGAUAAUCCCAUUCGAAGAUUUCGAGAGCACUUAAAUCUUGGGGUUGAUGAGAUUAUUUAGAAUAGCCAAGUAUUUCAUGUACGAAAGACGUGAAAAUUACCACACAGCUAAUGAUAUCAUUAAAAAGAAGGAAGUCAUCUUGAAUGAAGAUUUAUCAUAUAGAGAAGAUUACAACAUAGAUCUGAGGAUCAGGAGAGUUGUAACUAUAUUUAUAGAUAUGAUAAUCCUGACUCACAUCUUUGCAUGCUUAUGGUUUUGGAGUGCUAGAAUACAUGAAUUUAAUUAGGAAACUUGGGUUAUAAGAGAGAAUAUCUAUGAUUUGAAUAUAGGAAAACAGUAUUUGAUUUGUUUCUAUUGGGCUAUCUAAACAGUGACAGUGAUUGGAUAUGGAGAUGUUGCUGCUCAUACAUCUUUUGAGUUCUUUCUCCAAAUUAUAUGGAUGCUCAUCGGAGUUGGAUUCUAUUCAUUUACUAUUGGUGAUAUCACUUGCAUCUUGGUGAAUGUUAAUCCACGUUAAGAGUAUGAAGAUUAAUUAAUAUUGCUGGAGGAAUUGGGAGAUCAAACAUUUAUGAUAGAAGAUGUACUCAAAGAGCUAAUUCAAUUCGCUAAAUUCAAUAUCUCUCAUAAUCCAUUUUGGGCACGUAAUACUAUCGAGAUGGUCUAAGCUUUGCCUUGGAGUAUAAGAUAAUACAUUAUUGCAUCAACUUAAAGAGAAAUACUAAAGAUGGUUCCCUUCAUUGCUAAUGACAUCAACUUCUCCACAAUGGUAUUGCCUUAUUGUACCUUUGCAAAAUACGAUGAAUAUUCUACUAUAUAUCACAUUGGUCAAAGCUCGUCGGAUUUCUAUUACCUGCUAAGUGGAGAUGUCAGAUUAUCGGAUGCAUCUGGGGAAUGUAUUAUCAGAGUAAUGGAGGGGACGGUCUUUGGAGAAGUAGAAUCGAUUGAACAGACUUUAAGAAGAUGGCAUGCUCAUGCUGUUACCAAAAGUAUUGUUCUGAUGUGCCCAGGCAGAUUUUUUGAGUCAUUGAUCAAAUAAAACUCAACUCAGUUUUUUGAAUUAUACUAGAUGUAUAAGAGAAGGAAAAUCCUUUUAUCAGAUUAUGCAGAGUAAAAAUAAAGAUAAGCCGUUAAACUUAAAAGAUCCACUGCCAUAAUUGUAGAAGGUAAAGUGGUGUAAACACAACAGGUUCGAAGAUCAAGUGAAAAUAGAUAGCAAUUUAAAUCGAAAAUAGAUUGUCGAAAUUACAUCAGUGUUCAGUAAGAUUUGAUGUUAUCUGUUGUUGGAAAAAAGUAAGCAAGGAAGAAGUUAUUGAGAGAGAAGUUUAGACUGGCUGUUGAUAGGAUCAAGUAAAUGAUAGUAAGAACCAAGAAAAGAAGAGGAGCCUUAGUUGCAGAUCCUGAUUAUAAAAUCAUCAGGGAAUUGAUUGCCACAAGAAGUCAAUAGACAAUUUAAACAACUACAUUUGAUAAUACUAAUUAUUUACAAAAAUUGAUGAAUAAAUUUGGUAAGGUGGUAGAAUAAGAAAAUUUAGUUUAAUCUUUUAUUAUAAAAAAAAAAUAAGAAUCUUAUGAAAAGAUUAAGAGAAUGAAAUUUAAAAGUCUUGUUGCUGAUUGGAAUAAAAAUAAACAUCGAAAAUCGAUAAAGAGAGAAAUUGAUCUCUAUUAUUCGUCAUUUCAUGAAUAAAUUUAUCAAGAACUAUUACAAGCUAGAAUUGAUCAAAAAUAAAAAAUUAAAUCUAAACAAGAUAACAUUAGAAAGAAUUCAGUUUAAUAACUUAAAGUGUUAAAUUUAAAUGUCAAAUACAUUAUACAAAUGGCAAUGAAAUUUUCAAUUCACAAAUUUGAAAUCAUGAAAAUAGAAAGAGAUAUUGACGAAAUUAUUGAUGAAUGCCAAUCUAUAGUGUAAAACAUUAUGUGA